GAAACGAUGGGGGGGGGGCGUUAUUUUUCUCCUCUUCUCCUUUGACACAGAUAUAGACCUCGUAGACACCUACACAGUCCUAGACCGAACAUGUCCUCUGAAACUCCCAAGCUCUUCCAGCCCAUCAAAGUCGGCAAUGAUGAGCUCAAACACCGUAUCGUCAUGGCCCCUCUCACUCGGCUGAGAGCCUCUGUGAAGACUGCUAUCCCCUCUGACUGGGCGAUCGACUACUAUACCCAGCGAGCAUCCGAGGGUGGUCUCAUCAUAUCUGAGGGAACAUUCAUCGCCGAAGAGCUCAAAGGUUACGACUACGUCCCUGGAAUCUACUCGCCAGAGCAAAUUGCCAAGUGGAAGAAGAUCACAGAUGGGGUGCACUCGAAGGGCGGUAAAAUCGCGCUUCAGCUAUGGGUACUCGGCCGAGUUGCCGAUCCCAAGGUUAUCCCUACAGUAUGGUCUGUGGGAACCAAAAAGGAUCUUUCGCCCAGUCCUCAUUCUGCUGAACCCGACGACAAGGUCCUUACCCCCGCCAAGGAGGAGGAUCUCGACAGGUUUGUCGGCUACUAUGUGCAAGCUGCCAAGAACGCUAUAGAGGCCGGCUUUGACUAUGUGGAAGUGCACAACGCCAACGGCUACUUUUUGGACCAAUUCGCAAGUUGGAUCUCCGCUGUAGCGCCUCAAGCUGACGAAGUAAAGCUUCAAACAAACUCGAACGACCGCACCGACCAGUACGGCGGCUCUCUCGAGAACCGCAUCCACUUCCCCCUUCGCGUCAUUGACGCUGUCUCUGACGCAGUUGGUCCCCAGCGCGUUGGUAUCCGCCUAUCCCCAUUCUCCGAGUUUCAAGGGAUGCGCAUGGAAAAGCCCCUCGAGACGUUCGUCCCUUUCGUAGAAGCCCUGGCCAAAGCUCAGCCCGACUUGGCCUAUGUCCAUGCCGUGGAGGGCAGGGGCCUUGGAACGCCCGAGGACGAGUGGUAUGUGCAAGACGAUCUAGACCCGGUCAGGCAGGCGGUACUGGGAAAGAGCAAUGGCACCAAGUUCAUCGCCGCCGGAGGCUUUACGCGCGACAGCGCCAUUGAGCACGCCGAAAAGUAUCCAAACGACCUUGUGACGUUUGGAAGAUACUUUAUCUCCAACCUCGAUCUUGUCGAAAGGAUCCGCAACAACUGGCCUUUCCGCAAGUACGAGCGUCCCACCUUCUACACCCAGACCGCCGAAGGUUACAUCGACUGGGAGGACUAUUCUCCGGAGAAGCAAGCUCUUGUCCAAGACGAAGCUGCACCCACUGACCAAGUCAAGGCCAAGGUUUGAGGCGUACACGCUGGAUCCUCAUUAUCCUCGAAAACAUUUUUAUUUCCGUAUAGACUCUAGAAACAUGCAAUAAUCUAUAUGUGAG